AUGGGCGGCGCGAUGCAGGGCAACGGCGGCAACCAGCCUCAUGCGACCGAGUAUACGCUGCAGGGUGUUAUGCGCUUCCUCCAAACCGAAUGGCACCGUCACGAGCGGGACAGGAAUGCUUGGGAGAUUGACCGCCAGGAGAUGAAGGCGAGGAUAGCUUCCCUCGAAGGCCAGGCGAGAAGGGCCGACGCAACUCAAAAGGCACUUAAGAAAUACGUCGCCAUUCUCGAAAAGAAGGUUAAAGACCAGGCUACACAGCUGAAGGGAGGUGCCAAAGCGGGUGCCGAUGCUGUAAAGGCCGAAAAGGAUCGCGCUGCCCUGAUCCAGGAGAAGCUCCGACCUUCCUCCAAGAAACCAUACGAUGCCCAUGGUGGCGAACUCGACGUGGAUAAAGCCGACGAUGAAUCGCAACGGGCCGACCUCAAGUCUUUCCUGGACCAGUGCCAGGCUGAGUUCACCUAUCUGAUGAUUACCCCGGCGAAUCCUCUACCCCCACGAGAUUCACCCCCUCUCCCGAUACUCGAAGACUUGCGCGAAGGCGAGCCGUUUGGCGUACCUGGCGGUAAGCCAUUCCAGGAGCCGCCCUUCCCCUUUGCUUCAUCGUCUCUUGUGCCGCAAAACCACGUCCGCGAAGCCAACCGCCCACCUCCCGCUCCCAACCAUGCACCCCCGAUGCAGCGAAGUCAACCAACGAGUUUCCAAGUCAAACCUGUCGAACAGCAACAACAACAGCAGCAGCAUCAUCAACCACAGCAACAGCACCACCAACAGCAAAUUCCACCCCCGGCCCAGGAGCCUGCACCUCCUGUCAUGUACGCCGCUGGCACCGAAUGGCCUCAGCCAAUGUCGGCGACUGGCCGUAUGCUCGACGACAACAUGCAACGACCUAGCCAUGCCGUUGAGUCCAUCAGUAGCGUUGAAUCAACGGAAGAGUCUCAACCUAGCCGACCUGCUCCUGAGACCGACGGUUGGGAUUUCUCCGACGGAUCAUUCGCUGAUGGCAACUCGUCGCAAUCUCUACAACACAUCACCAACAGGCCCGAUACCGACGCAUUUCCCACUGCAGACAACCUCCCAAAGUCGCCCAACCGUGGACCGAGCUCUCAUCGCCGCAAAGGAUCAAUGUCGCGUAGACGCAGUGCAGACCAUGAGCUGUCAUUGAAUUCGGCUGCUCAAAAGGCAGAGACGGGCAACUUCAAAUUGCGCUUCGGACUGCGAGGCCAUCUGGACACCGUACGCACCGUUAUCUUCUCUGGCGGUGGCAGCCCUGGAGAACCCGAGAUCUGCACAGCAGGCGAUGAUGGCAUGAUCAAGCGGUUCCACAUUCCCCGUGCCGACAACCACGGCCAGACCAAUGCUGCGUCAGAUCUCGACGUGACAGCUAACUUCUCUCAUCGUGGCCACGCCGGAGGCGUGCUCUGUUUGACAUCCUGGUCGCCCUCGCCAAACUUCUCCACCGGUGGCCGCGCCCAAGGUGACGGCUGGAUCUUUUCCGGUGGUCAGGACGCCACCAUCAGGGUAUGGGAACGUGGAAGAGUCGACCCCAAGGCUACCCUCGAGGGCCACACUGACGCCGUCUGGGCGUUGUGCGUGCUGCCGACAACGCUUGGCGCUGUCUUUGGCCAGAACAGCCAGUAUGGAAGCCCCGAUCGCAUCCUGCUCGUAUCUGGCGGCGCCGAUGGAUCUGUCCGUUUGUGGUCCGUUAGUGCACCACCUCAGUUGACCUCGCCUCAGCCGGGAACGAACAGAGCCGGUCCAACGGGCAGCAGAGGCCGCAUCCGCGGUAAUUCGAUGAGCUCUGGAAGUGCUUUCUCGAGCACUCCGCAGCCCAAUAUGGCAUCGAGCUCUCCCUUCAACCACACGCUCGUCCACAACAUUAAGAGGCCGGAUGGCUCUGACGCUAGCCCUACAUGCAUCACUUCCCUCAGCCCUAGCGGUGACACAUUUGUCGUGUCUUACUCCGACGCAGCCAUUCUCGUCUACGAUACCCGGACAGGUGAACAGACUGGUACAAUGGACAGCUCUGAGACAUAUGACAGUUCAAUCAACACCAGUGUCAAUGCUGUCGUUGCGACAACUGUCGGUUUGGAGCCGCCUCAGGGCGGAUUGUCCGAAGAAGACAGCAGUGCCGGCGGUGGGCCAACCGGUGGAGGAGGCAGAUCCAUGGCAGGAUCUGGAGUUGAGGGCGUCAUUAUCUCUGGACACGAGGACCGGUUCGUCCGCUUCUUCGAUGCCAACAGCGGCCAAUGUACCUACAACAUGCUGGCACACCCGGCAUCGAUUUCGGGCCUUUCACUCAGUCCAGACGGCCGCGAGCUUGUCAGCGCAGGGCACGAUGCCUCGUUGCGAUUCUGGAGUCUCGAGAAGCGAUCCUGCACGCAGGAGAUUACGAGUCACCGCAUCAUGCGCGGCGAAGGCGUCUGCUCCGUCGUUUGGAGUCAAGACGGCAAGUGGGUUGUUAGCGGUGGUGGAGAUGGCGUGGUCAAGGUGUUUGCGCGGUAG